AUGCCGUUGGUUUACGCAGCUGCACUCGAGGGCAUCGAAACACAUGGCUGGAGCGCUGUUUAUCCCUUGGAUGACCCUCCGGCCUGGACCAUUCUCCACUGGGCAGCCAUGGAAGGCCGGCUGGAGAUUUGUCGCCGGCUUCUCGCUGCCGGCGCCAACCCUUUCUGCGAGGACGAGCGCGGGUGGACGCCGCUCGACUGCGCCGACGAGGCUGGCGAGGUGGAGGCUGACACAGGUUUACAGUCGGGACUGAUUCGAGGUUUACUGUUUUUCCAGCCGUCGAUCUUGGUUUCCAAUCUUCUCGUGGCCCAUGCGCCUGAUGCCGAUCUCGGCCAGGGCGGAGCGAUGCACCCUGUGCUUGCAGCUGCCGUCACAGCCGUGGAGAACUAUGGGUGGCAGGCUGUACAUGAAGGCCGCCGCGAGUGGACAGCGCUGCACUGGGCUGCAUCUGAAGGCAACAAGGCAUUGUGCGCCCGGCUGCUGCUGCAUGAUGCGGACCCUAGCCAGGUGGAUCAAGCGGGACGCAGUGCUUUGGACUACGCUCGAAAUGCUGGGCACCGCAGCACCUACGAGAUGCUUUGGCAGUCGCAGCAGCGGCGUAGACGUUCAGCUCCAGCAGCUCCAGCAUCAGCUUCUCCACAGCAGGAGUUCAAGCCCGCUCCGGCCGCAUACCCCCAGUCGCUGCGGCUACCUCCCGCCUCUUCUGAAGGGACAGGACGGGCCUAG